ACUUUUGGGGGAGGGCGAGUACACUGCGCAUGCUUGAGGAGGGGGACAGAAAAACUGCAGUCUUGUGGUGAGUGAAGCAGUUUGGUAGCGGGACAAGAGAAGGCGUGAGGAACAAAACCUUGCCGUUCCUGUCAGAGGAACCUCAACAGCUGAUUAAAGGUGGACAUUGCAAAAGAAAAUGUUGACAUUUUACGUUGCCACCCUGCUUUCUGCAGGGGCGUGCAUCCUUGCCCAGGUGCCUGAGUUUAGUGAUGUUUGCACGGAAGGAAGCUGCUAUCCCGCCACGGGAGACCUUCUCAUCGGUAGAGCCCACCAACUCUCCGUCAACUCCACGUGCGGUCUUCACCGGCCGGAGCCGUUUUGUAUUGUCAGUCAUUUACAGGAGGAGAAGAAAUGCUUUGUUUGUGACUCCACCGACGACUACGUCAAAAGCAUGAACGACACCACCGGCCACCGGGUGGAGAACGUCGUGACCACGUUCGCCCCCAACCGCCUGAAGACCUGGUGGCAGUCUGAGAAUGGUGUUGAGAAAGUGACCAUCCAGCUUAAUUUGGAGGCAGAGUUUCACUUCACCCACCUGAUCAUGACCUUCAAGACCUUCCGCCCGGCUGCCAUGGUGAUCGAACGCUCCGCUGACUUUGGGAGUACCUGGCUGGUGUACCGCUACUUUGCUUACGACUGUGAGUCGGCCUUCCCCGACGUAUCUCCAGGGCCCAUGCAGAAGGUGGAUGACGUCAUCUGUGAUUCGCAUUAUUCUGACAUUGAACCAUCAACCGAGGGAGAGGUUAUCUUCAGAGUUUUGGAUCCAGCUUUCCGUAUUGAAGAUCCCUACAGCCCCAGAAUCCAAAACAUGUUGAAGAUCACCAACCUACGGGUGAAGUUCACCAAGCUGCACACCCUAGGAGACAAUCUGCUAGACUCCCGCAUGGAGAUCAAGGAGAAGUACUACUACGCCAUCUACGACAUGGUUGUCCGGGGGAACUGCUUCUGCUAUGGACACGCCUCGGAGUGCGCCCCCGUGGACGGGGCUGGGGAUGCCGUUGAAGGGAAGGUCCAUGGCCACUGCAUGUGUAACCACAACACCAAGGGCCUGAACUGUGAGAAGUGUCAGGACUUCUACCAUGACCUGCCCUGGAGACCAGCUGAGGGGCGCAACACCAACGCCUGUAAAAAGUGUAACUGUAACCAGCAUUCAGACGUGUGUCACUUUGACAUGGCGGUGUACCUGUCUACGGGCAAAGUGAGCGGCGGUGUUUGUGACGAGUGUCAGCACAACACGAUGGGACACAACUGUGAACAGUGCAGACCCUUCUACUACCAGCACCCCGAGAGGGACAUCCGUGACCCCAGCAUCUGUGAACAGUGUAACUGUGAUCCAGUGGGCUCUCUGAAUGGGGGUGUCUGUGACAGGAUGACGGACGUGUCUUCUGGACUAAUUGCUGGCCAGUGUCGUUGCAAGCCCAACGUGGAAGGGGAACGCUGUGACCAGUGCAAACAGGCUUACUACGGCCUGACUGACCACCCUCUGGGCUGCCUUGCAUGCACCUGUAAUGCGCUCGGGACAGUUCCGGGGGGGAGUCCAUGUGACACCGACUCAGGAAACUGUUUCUGCAAACGUCUGGUGACCGGGAGGAACUGUGACCAGUGCAUGCCUCAGCACUGGGGUCUGAGCAAUGACAUGGAUGGCUGCAGGCCAUGUGACUGUGACCUGGGUGGAGCUGUCAAUAAUGAUUGUUCUCAGGAGACCGGUCAGUGUGUGUGUAGAGAACACAUGCUGGGCCGGCGCUGUGACCAGGUGGAGUCAGGCUUCUACUUCAUCGCUCUGGACCAUUACACCUACGAGGCCGAGGAUGCCAAGUUCGGACCUGGUGUGACUGUAGUCCAGAGAUCUCACCCUCAGGAUCGUAGUCCCACCUGGACAGGGAUGGGCUUUGUCAACGUUCCAGAGGGGGCCUACCUUGAGUUCUCCAUCGAUAACAUCCCCCACUCCAUGGAGUAUGACAUUCUCAUCCGAUACGAGCCUCAGUUACCAGACCAGUGGGAGGAGGUGUUGAUGACCGUGAUCCGUCCCGCUGUGAUAUCAGCUGACAGCCGCUGCGCCAACACCAUGCCCGACGACGACAACCAGAUGAUAUCCCUUCACCCUGGGUCACGAUAUGUGGUCCUCCCCAGACCAGUCUGUCUCGAAGCAGGAAUGAACUACACCAUUCGUCUGAGCCUGCCCCUCUACUCCGCGCUCAGUGAUGUCCAGUCCCCAUACACACUCAUAGAUUCGAUUGUGCUCAUGCCCCACUGUAAGAACCUGGAGAUCUUCACUGGUUCUGAGGGAGGUGAUGGGACCACCAACAGUGCCUGGGACACGUUCCAGCGCUACCGCUGUCUGGAGAACAGCCAGAGUGUGAUCAAGACCCCCUCGACCGACAUCUGCCACAACUUCAUCUUCAGCAUAUCUGCCCUGCUGCACCUGGGGGCCAAAGAGUGCCAGUGUGACCCGCAGGGCUCCCUCAGCACAGUGUGUGACGCCAGUGGCGGGCAGUGCCAGUGUCGCCCCAACGUGGUCGGCAGGAACUGUGACAAGUGUGCCCCCGCCACCUACCUGUUUGGACCCAGCGGCUGCAGGCCCUGUGAAUGCAGUCCCCAGGGGUCGGCGCAUUUGUUCUGCCACGAGGCUACGGGCCAGUGUGUGUGCAACCCUGGGGCUUACGGGCGCCAGUGUGACCGCUGUCUGCCAGGUCACUGGGGCUUCCCCAACUGCCGGCCCUGCAACUGCAACGGGCACACGGAGCAGUGCGACGCCCACUCCGGAGAGUGCCUGGAAUGCCGAGAACACACCACCGGACAGAACUGCGACCGGUGUUUGGAUGGUUACUAUGGUGACCCGAUCCUGGGUUCAGGGGACCACUGUCGGCCCUGUAUGUGCCCGGAUGGGCCCGGUAGCGGGCGUCAGUUCGCCGGAGGAUGUUACCGCGGUCUGGACUCCCAAUACCAGGUGUUCUGUGUGUGUAGCCCCGGUUACAGAGGUGCCAGAUGUGAGGAGUGCGCCCCCGGUUACUAUGGAAACCCCCAUGAGAACGGUGGACAGUGCCAACCAUGCCAGUGCAACAAAAACAUUGACAUGUUGGACCAGGAGUCCUGCGACGCCAGAACGGGGGAGUGUCUCAAAUGCCUCUAUCACACCGAGGGUCGGAGCUGCCAAAGCUGCAAACCGGGCUACUAUGGCGACGCGCUCACACAGAACUGCAGGAAGUGCGUGUGUAACCACCUGGGCACUAACCCGGCCACGUGCCAGUCGCCAGGCGACUGCCACUGCGAUCCAGGCACCGGGCAGUGCCAGUGUCUGCCCAGUGUGUUGGGUCAGCACUGUGACCAGUGUGCCCCCGACACCUGGAACAUGGCCAGCGAGGAGGGCUGCGAAGCCUGUUACUGUGACCCCGAACACUCGUAUGGAACAUCCUGCAACGAGCUGAGUGGCCAGUGUUCCUGUAGGCCCGGCUUUGGGGGUAAAACGUGUCGGGAGUGCAGAGAGCUUUUCUGGGGAGACCCUGAGGUCAAAUGCAACGCGUGCGACUGUGACCCACGAGGCAUCGCUGAGCCGCAGUGCAACAAGGCAGACGGUCACUGCGUGUGCGUGGAGGGGGUGUCUGGUCCCCGCUGUGACGCCUGUGCCCGUGGCUACUCUGGCACUUUCCCCGACUGUGAGCGCUGCCACCAGUGUUUCUCCGACUGGGAUGUGGUGGUCGGUCAGCUGACCAAUCAGACCCACAGGAUGGUCAACAGGGUGAACACCAUCAAGGCCAGCGGAAUCACCGGACCAUAUAAACACACCAUAAAGAACAUGGAGCAGAGUGCCGAUACCAUCAGAACCAUCUUGGCUCAGAACCCGGCUACGCAGCCUCUUUCAGAAAUACAGCAGCUACUGGAGCAGGCUACAAAGCUAAUGGAGGAGAUGAACUACAAGUUGAAUCUCACAGAGGAGGCAUUGGCUGAGGUCUCAUCUGAUAAGAACAGCACUGACACUAAACUGGACUCUCUCAAAGAGGACGCUGAGAAGCUGGAUCACACCGUCAAAGAGCUGUUGGACCAAGUGGAGUUCAUCAAAAACUCUGACAUUCGGGGAGCAACAGACAGUGUCACAAAGUACUACCAGCAGUCUGUAGCUGCUGAGGCUCGAGCCAACGCUUCCACCAGUGGCCCACACAACCCUUUGGAAAGCUCCGCACUCCUUCGGCAAGCCACAGAGGACAAGAUGAACGACACCAAGGAAGAAUUCCACAGGAGGCAGGAAGAACACGCCAAGCGCCUGGAUGACCUGGCUGGACAACUAGAGACAGUGGACCUAUCAGCACUCAAUGAUAAGACCUGCGGCAGCCCAGCUGUUGAGACCAGGGGGGAUUCUGACGGGGAUAGCGGGUCAGGUGAUGAGGGCUGCAAUGGUCUGGUCGCCCUGAGCAACAAAGCCUGGCUCAAGGCCAAGGACUUUGACCAGGAGAUUCUCACAGCCAUGGAAGAAGUGGACAAGCUCUCCAAGAUGGUGUCAGAAGCCAAAUUGAAGGCGGACGAGGCAAAGCUUAAUGCACAGGAUGUGCUGAUUAAGACCAACGAGACCAAACAGCGCGUGGACCGGAGCAACGAGGAGCUGCGCAGCCUGAUCAAACAAAUCCGAAACUUCCUCACGCAGGACGCCGCCGACCUGGAGAGCAUUGAGGCAGUCGCGAACGAGGUGCUGGCCAUGCAGAUGCCCACCACGCCGGCGCAGCUCCAGAACCUAACGGAGGAGAUCAGGGACAGGUUGGGAGACCUGGCUCUCGUGGAGUACAUACUCAGCCAAAGCACCGACAACAUCCAGAGAGCCGAGAGCCUUUUGGAGCAGGCACGCCAGGCCAGUAAGGAGGCCGCAGAUGUGAGGGACACAGCAGAGAUGGUAAAGCAGGCUCUAGAGGAAGCCGAGCGAGCCCAGAGCACGGCGGCCGAGGCCAUAAAACAGGCCACAAUCGACAUCAGAGGCACCAAUGACCUCCUUACCUCAGUGGAGUCAGAGACGGCCGACUCCGAGUUCAAGCUGAACAACGCCACCCAGAGGCUUCUACGGCUAGGUCAAGACGUCACGCUGCUCAGAGAGAAAGCACUAAACACCUCGCUCAGCUCUGAACAAACGGAGAGUGAUGCUGAGAGCAUUAACAAAGUGGCCGAGCAGGUCAAAAAGGAUCUGGACGGGGAGCUGAAGGAGAAGUACAGCACCGUAGAGAAUCUGAUCAAACAUGAGGCCCGAGGCAUGACCGAAGCCAAGAAAAGGGCAGAGCUCCUACAACAGGAAGCCAAAGACCUGCUGCUACAGGCCAGCGACAAGCUUCAGCUUCUGAAAGAUUUAGAGAAGUCUUAUGAGGACAACCAGAAGACUCUGGAAGACAAGGCCAACCAGUUGGUGGACCUGGAGAAGGCUGUCAAAGAGCUGCUGGAGGAGAUCAGUCACAAAGUCACCGUCUACAGCACCUGUCUGUUUUAAGAAUAAACUGGCUAGGAAGCCAUUUUAGUAAUACCAACAUAAAGCUCCUAGGGGCAGGACAAAUUUAAACAAACUCACUCCCUGGUUUCAAUAUUUGAAAAUCUUAAAGUCAAACAGUUGGUAUUGUGAAAAGGUGUGAAAAGGUAAGGGUGAAAAGUCAUGUUUCUUUUUGUAGAAAUAUGUAAAAAUAUGAAUCCUGCCAAAGAAUUUAAAGACGUGGUGUUAAUAUGUUGUUGUGCCCGAUGUCAUCCAAACCACUUGCUUUCAAACUAGAAAUGUUUUGGCAGUCUGAGGUAUGACAGUGAUACUACAUAUAGAUUGUGCACAUAAAAAAACAUUGUACACAUCCAGUCCAAAAUGUGAGGUUUUAAAAAAAUAUAUAUGUAUAUGCCAAAGUAACAGACUUCAUCUUUAAUUUUAAUUGCACCUGGAAGUCACACUGAAUAAGAGUGUAUUAAGUUAUAAAAAUAUAGAUUUACGCAACCUCAGACAUGACUAUUUUUUAGUGAUAGGUCUAUGGUUAGGAUGUUUGUGGAGGACAGCCUUAAGGUAAAUUUGUCUGUGCUGGUAUAUGAGGAACACCACUCUCCAUAAAGUAUAUAGUAAAAAGGAAAAUAUGCAUUGUUAUGAAGUGUUUCUAGUUAAAUGCCACUGCAGUAAACCAGAAUGUAAUUCAAUCAUUUUUAUAUAAAUCUAAAGUUUUGAUGGCUGAAAAUGUGAAUGUAAAGGUUUGACCUAACUUUGUACCAUGACAUGAGACUGCAAUGAUUUUACUCCUCCAACUUUGUUAUUGUUUUGUACAUUUGUAUGCAAAAUGGUACAAGCCAACUGUUUACUUUGAAGGUUUUACCUAAACCAAAAACUUGACAACCAAAUACAUUUGAAUAAUAAAGAACCCAUUUGAAUUCCA